AACGUUGACUUGAGCCAAACAGAAAGAGGCAAGCAUAGGCCCAGCUCGGUGUUUUACAGCUGCUGAGACGUUUUACUUCCUGAAAAAUAUCAGAGGAGAAGAAGCAGUAUGACAGAAAUGAUGGUCUCAACUACGGAGCAGGUGGCCCUAAAUGUGACCCCUCGCCUGGACUCUUCAGUCUUCUUGGACUCAGAGUUCCGUUAUGUCGCCUUCCCAGUUGUCUAUAGCAUCAUCUUCAUCCUGGGGAUCACCGCUAACCUCUACGUGUUGUUCGUUCUGCGACGCCUCCGAGAAUCCAAAAGCAUGGGGGAAAUCUGCAUCUACAUGAUCAACUUGACCAUCGGCGAUCUCCUUUUUGUGACUUUCCUUCCCUUCUGGAUUGACUAUUUUAGACGGGAUGGUAACUGGAUCUUCCAAGACGUCAUGUGCCGGCUGUCUGGCUCAUUGUUCUUCAUCAACACCUACAGCUCCGUCCUUUUCCUCUGCGCCAUCAGCGUCAGCCGCUACUGGGCAGUGACGCGGCCUCUGGACGUGGCCACCUCAGACCACAGAACUCGUGGGAUCAUCUUGUCCGUUUUCAUCUGGCUUUUCACCCUUGCGACAGCUAUUCUAUUCCUGAUACAACCAGGGACCCAUACUGAUGAUAACAAUGUCACCCGCUGUUUUGAGGGCUACCAGAACACCCCUGUAUCAACCAAGGUUCAUGUUUUUGCCUUUCACUUGACAAUAGUUAUAGGGUUUUUUCUUGUCUUUUUUGUGGUCGUGGUGUGUAAUUUCCUUAUUGCCCGAACGUUGCUUUCCAAAGGUCCUCCUCGGGCAGAAAUGCAGUCUGCAACGGUCACAUCAAGAAAGUCUCAACGGACGGUGUCCUUCUCAUCUAGAAAGCGCAGGGGAGUGAAGCAGAGAGCUUUGCAGAUGUUGUUUUCAGUGGUUGGAGUGUUUGUCGUGUGUUUCCUGCCUCAUCACGCUUGCCAAUGCUUCUGGACGCUGGCGGUGUUGCAUAUAGAAGAGGGCUUUGGCCACGUAGACUGGAGCCAGAAGACCCGCCAGGCGCUCAACGACGCACAUCAGAUCACUUGGCUUCUAAUGAGCCUGAACUGCAUUUUGGAUCCUGUGGUUUAUUUUUUCGCCACUCAGAAGUUCAAAGGGUUCAUCAUGGCACACAUUAAAAAAAUAGCGAGGGGGGGAAGUUGCUCAACGACGCUCACCUCUGAGGGCUCCAUGCACAGCCAGCGACACCAAAGUGAGCACUAGCAGCAGGAAAUGAAUUGAUACAGAUUGGUGUAGAUAUGGUGUAGAUAUGUAGAUGUGUAGAUAUUUGUUUGCACGUUGCCUCUGAUUCUUGCACCAACUAUAGGCAGUUCCUGUAUUAAUGUACUUCAGUGUCAUCCUCAAGAAUCUGACAGUUUAUUUCCACACACAGUAUAUGAAUUGCAUCAGUCCCCCUGCCUUGCAUGUGUGAGGAGGAAGAAGAUGUUUUAGAUGUACAAAAAGAAAAGGAAAUUCAUCAUGGAAGAUUUUGCUUUACAAACCCUUUUUUGUUUGUUUAGUAGGAUGCGAAGUACAGAUCUUAAUCUUUUUGGGUGUCAAAAGUGCAACGUCCCACUGCAGAUUACACAAACACUUAAAUUCAGUAGGCGACAUUCAGACAUCUGUAGAAUAUGUGGGAUUCUUAUCCCUCAUCAAAUGAGACAGUUUUUAUUGCUUUUCAUUGACGGGUUAUUUCUUGUAUUGCGAAACCAUGGAACAGAAGCAAUGACGCUUAAGCUACGUUUCCCCUCUGGCAUCCAGUAUUAUGUAUAUUAUGUCAAAGAGUAAAAACUGAGUCAGAAUAACAAGACUUUUUGCUCUCUGCCGUUCUACUCUAUCAUACGCUAUUCUUACUGCCAGUUUACCUGCUGUUGCAAAAGUGAGUUAUGAGGCAUUUUGUAUUUAUUUUGCUUUUACUUUGUAUGAUCCUCAAAUUUGUUUGUAAUAUAAUUUUAAACAUUUUUACACCACAGACAA